AUGGAACGUUCCGAGCAGACCCCGUCACGCCCUAGUUCAGAAUCGGUCCGUACGGCUCACCAAACAGAUUCGAUGGUAACCGUGCCUCUGUCGUCGAAUUCAGAAGACACUCAACCCGACUGGCGGACCCUUGAGAUUCCUCAGACCCCUGUGCACGCUACGACACAUUCCGACGAUGAGAUCAGCCCAAAAACCACACCCACCUCUGCGAAACCGGAUUUAGGAUCGGAACUCGCUCGGGCGCGUAUCAGCGAAGAAACUGACCGGCCGGAUGGGCUCGAAGGUGAUGCAGUGGACUGGGAAGAGCUGGAGAAAACAGAGGAGCAGGAGCCUCGGAUGGAGGCAUCUGAUGAGACAACUGCCCUGUUGUUAGCUCGCCUGGAGCAAGAGAACAAUGCCCUGGUUACGAACCCGAAAUCUGGUCUUGCCAGGGUUGCCGCACAGCAGGCACAACAGCGUCCGUCUCGAUCGCAAUCCCUGCAUCAGAUCAAGCGCUUGAUCGACGAGGACCCUCGAUCCUCUCUCCGGAUUUCACAACUCCCACCUCCGCCCAUGACGGAACUUGAAUUCUGGGCCGCGCUCGUUGCAGACUAUCCGCAAACAGUGCAGCGACUUCCGACGUUGACGUCGAAUAAGAUUAGAGGCGGAGUUCCCCCUCCUUUGCGUGGUGUCGUCUGGCCGAGCUUGUCGGGCGCAAGGGAUCCUUCGCUAUUAACCGAGUACCAGAAGCUAUGCGGCGAGACUAGCCCGUAUGAGGGAUUGAUUGGGAAGGAUAUUGGCCGUAGCUUCCCCAAUGUUGAGAUGUUUCGCGAUCCAAACGGCGAAGGACAACGAAUGCUUGGCCGUGUGCUCAAAUGCUUCAGUCUUUAUGACACGAAGAUAGGUUACUGCCAAGGCUUGGGCUUUGUGGUUGGGCCAUUGUUGAUGCACAUGACGGAUGCAGAAGCAUUCUGCGUGCUUGUGCGGCUUAUGGACCAUUAUGAUUUGCGGACCUGCUAUCUCCCUGACCUGUCAGGUCUGCACCUCCGCGUGUACCAAUUCCAGAAUCUCCUCUCCCGCCUUCGACCCGCCCUCUUCGAACACCUAGAGACACUGGGUGUUGAGCCUGUCUAUGUCUCGCAGUGGUUCCUGUCGUUCUUUGCUGUCUCCUGCCCUAUGCCGAUGCUCCUUCGGAUCUACGAUGUCAUCUUCUUGGAAGGCGCCUGCGAGACUUUGAUGCGCGUCGCGCUUUCGCUAAUGAAGCGCAACGAAAAAAAGAUCAUGGGCUGUUCAGAGUUUGAAGAUGUCAUGCAACUGCUGCUUUCUAGAAGUCUCUGGGAUACCUACGCUUUUGACGCCGACGAUUUCGUUAACGACUUUGUCUCUCUAACCACUCUUGUCACCAAAGAAAGCCUUCAGGCACUGGAGGCCAGUUACAACCAGUCCCAAGGGGUUCCUACUGGUAUCUCCUUUCCCCAGAUGCAGGCCGCAGCUUCUCGAUUCCUUGGCCGGUUCUGGGCCGGCUCUGGCCCUCACACGUCCGUCAAAUCACUCAAUCUCAACCCCAAUAACAAUCUUCGGCGGUCAACCUCCAAGCAAAGUAUGGCCUCCACGCUUAACUCGGUCGAGUCGACGUCGGACGCCAGCACAGCGCCAACUGAACUAUCAGUUGAGGCUCAGAAACCACGAGCAAAAUCCGCUAUGUCUCAUAACAAGGACCGCGAUCUUCACAGCCAGAUUGAAGACCUCUUGAUGGCACUCAGCGACCUACAACGUCAACAAGCAGACCUUUCGCGCGAACUACAACGUGAGCGCGAGGAGCGCGAGGAAGACCAAGCACUCGCCCGAUCAAUGCUCGAAUUUAUCAAAGAAAACAACGCAGACGCUGCGCCAUCAGAACUCCUCAGCAAAGCAGAAGAAAAGCUCGCAACGGUAGAUUCAACCAGGCGGACAUCUAUCGACCAAACCAAGCAUCAACUGCGUGACGACCUCGAGCGAUGGAAGAACAUGUACUCCGUUGAAGCUGGCCGAUGUCUCGACCUCACCCGGCGCAUCGAUGAACAGGAACAGGAAGCGGCCUCGCUCCGCGAACAACUCCGCGAAGCACGCGGCCGUAUCCAAGACGGGUAUCGCGAUCGUCAGCGGCUAGAGCGCACCGUACGUGAGCUCCGCUCCAUCAAAACCAAAACGCCUGAUACCCCCCCAGAGUCAUACGGCUCGCCGACAAGCGAUCACGGUGAAAGCUUCUGCUCGGGUGGACUCCGCGAACUCAAACUUGCUCGGUCCGCUUCACAAAAGAGCAUUCAACCCGCCACUUUCAAUAAACGGAGUAGCAGCCUUGGCCUGCAAAACGUUCUAUCCACAGAAAACAACAAACCGCCAGGUGACGAGGCGCUGCUCUUAGAGCUAGUAAAUGCAAAGACAGCAGAGGCCGUCGCUAAACAGGAACUGGAAGAGGUUAAGGCGAAGCUGGACUCAUUACGGAAAAUGAUGGGAGGACAGGGGCGUGGUUUGACACGAUCCUCAACAACAGAAAACCGGAAUUCGCUGCUUGGAGUACCGCCGAAUCCGGGUCUUUCAAAGACCUACACCGAGGCCCCAACGACAUCAGGCGGUUUCUUUAGCGGUUGGGGGAGAUAG